AGGAGAGGGCGGACUUCGAACAGCUUGAACUAGUUUCAACUUGAAUUAGUUUCAACUAUGACUGCCGCGAUUUCAACAAUGUUCUGGGAACCGGAGCACACAGAGGGGGAGCCUGGGGAGACGGAAGUUGGGGAGACGGAAGCUGUGGAGACGACACAAGCGGGACAUGAAACAGAAGCGACAACUGAAGCUGCAAAACCAGAACCAGAAACAGCAGCUGCAAACGAGCCGCCCCAGGAAGAACCUCAGCCUGAGCCUGCUCCAGAGGUGGCUCCUGCCGGAGCUCCAGCACCGGCGGAGCCAAUACCUGACACCGAUGAGGAUGAGUUCAACGAAGUCCCCCCAGCUGAGUUCGAGGGCAAGUUGUACUACGCCUGGGUCCUGGUGUCUGUGACCUUCAUUGCACUGGUGCUUCCCCUGGGCUUUUUCCUGCUCCCGUACACUCCGGCUGCCAUCGCUCAUCGAACUUCGUCCACCCCGUGGCGCACUGUAGCGCAGGAGGAGGCCACAGAAGAACAACCAGAGGAGGAAAAAGUCCCUGAGAAGUGUGACAGCCAACUGGUCAUCGAUGAAACUGAAGCCCUGCCGUCCCCGACCUUUAGCGGCUUCAAUGUUGCACCUGCACGUCACCACCGCGUGAUCAUUUGUGUGUUCGACCCCAAGUACCAUCGUGAAACACAUACUUACAUGCCGGACAACAUCCCAACCCCGCUGUGCAACUUUUUGGUCUAUUAUUCCGUUGCUGUGUCCGCUUACGGGUUUGCUUUGAGGAGACCAGAGCUGGACCCUCAAUACUUGGGUCUCAUUAAGGACCUAAAGACUUCCCCCGCGGUAAUCCAACAGACCAAAGUCCCACUCCUCAUGACCAUCGGUGGGGAGUUGUCUGACUCUCAGAAUAUAUCGAGGGCACUCAAGGCUGAUUAUUCGCGGCGUACACUGGCAACAUGGCUAGUCGAACUCGUCAAAAGGUUCGACCUACAGGGGAUCAAUCUUCACUGGAGUUAUCCUCUAGCAAAGUGCGGCCACAAGCACGACAAACAAAACCUGCAAGAGUUCAUGACUAUCAUCAAGUCAUACAAGUCCGUGGGUCUCCUUGACCCCAACUUUCACGUGGCUCUAACUAUUCCACCUCGUGCCGAUUAUGUGGAAAGGUACGGCAUGAACACGUACCACAACGAAUUGGACUUCAUCAUCGUGACGACGCACACAUUACAAAGUGGCCGUCGGGUCGAAUGCAAGGGUCGAGGUAUCGAGUCGGCAAGAAUCGCCCGUGCAGUCAUGGCCUUAGUUCCCCACGGCGCUGCAAGAAAGGUAGCCGUGUCCAUCUCGCUGGGGGUGAACACAUUCGUUGCGGAGGAACCGCAUAUCGGCUCGGCCAGCACCAAAGGAGCUCCUAUUGAUCCGACGUCAAAACAUCCCCGAAAAGCCGGAUACCACUCGGUCUGCAACCUGCCGAGAAGUCAGUGGGUGGAAACUGGCGAAGACGAAUGCAGCAUGACGUUCAGCUUAGCCGGUCCUAAUGUAUACUACGUGGCCACCUUCAUGACGGAAGAGAACAUCCGCAUUCGCAUGAGGCGUUCUUACGAACGAGGUGUGGGUGACUCCCCUGUGGUGGUCUACGAUAUGGAUCUCGAUGAUUUUAUGGGCACCUGUUCUGCCAGUGGCUACACAUCAACCCUUAUGAAUGCAAUCCUACAUACGUGAUGACUUCUGACUAAUACGAGAUAAGGUGCCCAAUUAAAGCAGUGGA